AAGCUCUGAUGUAAGAAACCCAACACUGCUUUGAGUUUCCCACGACGGAGAAGAAACGAUGACGAAGAGAUGAGACGCAGCGGAACAAGACGGAAGCGAAGAAACGAUAAGAAAAAGAUGAAACGCGGUGGAACAAGACGGAAGCGAUUGUUCGGGAAGACGAUUCUCUUAUCAUCCGUAGCUUUCUUCAUCGGUUUUGGUUUGUUGUUGCUCACCCUCCGUUCGGUGGAUCCUAAUUCGUCUUUCAUCGAUGACGACGAUGACGAGUCCGAAUCCGAGGAAGCUGCGAGAUGGAGCAAUUCGUCUUCGAUUGGAGAUGCUAUGGUCGAUGGAGGUAGGCUCUGCGCGACGGUAGAAGAGAUGGGAAGCGAGUUCGAUGGUGGUUUCGUGGAUCAAAGUCUCAAAGUUCGAGAUGUUAUCCGUCGCCAUUUUCAAAUCAAUGGAGCUUCAGCGAUUCGUGAGCUACCUCCGGAGCAAUUUUGUAGACAUGGUUAUGUUCUUGGGAAAACAGCAGAAGCUGGAUUUGGAAACGAAAUGUAUAAGAUCUUAACCUCAGCAGCGUUGAGCAUAAUGUUGAACAGAUCCUUGAUCAUUGGCCAGACCAGGGGGAAAUAUCCUUUUGGUGAUUACAUUGCUUACUCAAAUGCUACAUUUACAAUGAGUGAAGUGAAGCAUUUGUGGCGACAAAAUGGCUGCGUGAAGAAAUACAAAAGGCGGCUUGUAAUGAGAUUGGAUGAUUUCGAGAAACCGACUAAGAGUAAUGUCUUAUGCAGUAAUUGGAAGAAAUGGGAAGAAGCUAUUAUAUGGUUUCAAGGCACGACAGAUGCUGUGGCAGCUCAGUUUUUUCUCAAGAAUGUGCAUCCUGAGAUGAGAGCUGCUGCAUUUGAGCUAUUUGGAGAGCAAGGAAACUCGGCACCACGAGGUAAUGUGUUUGGAGAGUUGAUGAUGAGUCUUAUAUCUCCCACGAAAGAUGUUAAAGAAGCAGUGGACUGGGUUCUACACGAGACUGGGGAUCCUGAUAUUUCGGUGCACAUGCGAAUGUUGAUGAGCAAAUCUGUUAGACCUAUGCGCGCAGCGAUAAACUGUCUAGGGAAAGCAAUUAACAGACUUGGCAUAUCGAACCCGAGAGUGGUUAUAGUGUCUGACACUCCAUCUGUAGUGAAAAUUAUCAAAACAAAUAUCAGCACCAUUGCUGAGGUUCUACAUUUUGAUUAUAAGCUUUUCCGAGGUGAUAUCGCUCAACGCGGCCGUGGAUUACCAAUGUUAGAUUUCAGAAUAAAGGAUUGGGGUCCUGCACCGAGAUGGGUUGCAUUUGUAGAUUUCUUCCUCGCUUGCCGUGCUAAACAUGCGGUGAUCUCUGGUGCUAACAGGCGAGUUGGGACUACUUAUGCUCAGUUGGUUGCUGCGUUAGCCGCUGCAAACAGUCUCAAGGAUGGUUCGAGCAACUCAAGCUUUGCGUUCCUGAGUAGUUUCCAGAGCAAUUUGUUAGCAGACGGUCUGAAGAACCAGGUAGGUUGGGGACAUGUCUGGAACCGAUACGCUGGACCGUUAAGCUGUCCAAAACAGCCAAACCAAUGCGCCUUCACGCCGCUUGCACCUCCUGGUUGGUGGGACGGUUUGUGGCAAUCACCCAUCCAACGGGAUACUCGUAGGCUUGCGGCUUUCGGCAUUGAGCUUUCCGGCAUUGGCACUGUUAACGAAGACCGGUUCCACGCCUAUUGUAGUGCCAAGAAAGAGUACUUAAGCACUGUAACAAUCAUUUAAUGACUUCAAAAAAAUUAUGGUAUCUUG